CGGGCGGCGUGGGCGGGGCGGCCGGGCCACAUCCUCCUGGCGACACGGAUGGCGGCCGCCCGCCGCCGCCUUGCGCAGACCCAGCGGCGUCGCUCCGCCGGGUGGCCGUGGGCCCCGCGCCCGGGCGCCCGCCUGCUGCUCCCGGGCCGUGCCUGAGGCCGCCCGCCGUCGCCUGUCCCUCUGGACCCGGCCCUGCGCUCCCGCCGGCUCCCCGGUGGCUCCCACCUGCCCAGAAGCCCCGCGUCCCCCAGCCUGGGGACCGCGGGGCAGGCUGUGGACCGUCACCCCAGGCAGGGCCCCUGCCCGCGUCCUCUCCCCUCGUUUCCCGCGCCUCCGCGGAGGCCAGCGGCCACCACGCCGGAGGCCACCAGGUCGCCAAGGCCACCAGAUCGCCGAGCCCAGGAUGGAUUUCUGAGGAAGACACCGGAGGAGCAGGCCCAGGACUCAGCAUGCCGUGUGGCUGGGCGCUGCCCUUUCUCCUGCUGCUGUUCCAGGGUGGCUGGGGCUGCUCGGACCUCGUGUGUCACUCCGACUACCUCCAGACGGUCACCUGCGUCCUGCAGACCUGGAGCCCCCACCCCAGCUCCCUCACUCUCACCUGGCAAGACCAGUAUGGCGAGCUGGAGGACCAGGUCACCUCCUGCAGCCUCCACAGGUCCAGCCACAACGCCACGCACGCCAAGUACACGUGCCACAUGGAGGUGUCGGGCUUCAUGCCCGACGACGUCUUCAGCGUCAACGUGACAGACCCGCCCAGCAACGCCUCCCAGGAGUGCGGCAGCUUUGUCCUGGCUGACAGCAUCAAGCCGGCUCCUCCCUUCAACGUGACCGUGACCUUCUCGGGACACUACAACGUCUCCUGGUGCUCCGACUACGAAGACCCUGACUUCUACGCGCUCAGGGGCAAGAUGCAGUACGAGCUGCAGUACAGGAACCGCGCGGACCCCUGGGCUCUGAGCCCGGUGACAAAACUGAUCUCAGUGGACACGAGGAGCGUCUCCCUCCUGCCCCAGGAGUUCCGCAAAGACUCCAGCUACGAGCUGCGCGUGCGGGCGGGGCCCCAACCGGGCUCCUCCUUCCGGGGGACCUGGAGCGAGUGGAGCGACCCCGUCAUCUUCCAGACCCCGCCUGAGGAGUCCAGGAAAGGCUGGGACGGUCACUUGCUGCUACUGCUCCUCCUCCUGGUCAUCUUGGGCCCUGUCCUUGUCUUCCUGGGCCUGAAGAUACAUCUGCCUUGGAGGCUGUGCAAGGCGGCGUGGGCGCCGGUGCCCAGUCCCAAGAGGUUCUUCCAGCCCCUGUACGAGGGCCACCGCGGGGACUUCAAGGAAUGGGUGGGCUCGCCCUUGUCCUCCUCCCGCCUGGAGCUGGGGCCCUGGAGCCCCGUGGUCCUCUCCCGGCUGGAGCUGCCCAACCACAGCCCCUCCCGGGCGCCCAGCAAGGGGCCCGAGCCCCCGGGGCUGGGAGGGGCCGCAGACCUGCUGGAGGCCGACGGGGUGGCCGGGCCCGGCGCUGGCUGCUCGGAGGGCUCGGCUGACGGCGAGGAGAGGGACCGGCCCUACGGCCUGGUGUCCAUCGACACGGUGACUGUGGUGGAUGCAGAGGGGCCGUGCCCCUGGCCCUGCCGCUGCGGGGACGACGGCUACCCAGCCCUGGACCUGGACGCCAGCCUGGAGCCCGGCCCGGGCCCAGAGGACCUGCUGUUGGGCACAGGGAGCCCCGUCCUCUCCUGCGGCUGCGUCUCGGCGGGCGGCCCUGGGCUGGGCAGCCUCCUGGACAGGCUGACGCUGACCCUGGCGGAGGAGGACUGGGCCGCGGAGCCGCCCUGGGGCGCUGGGCCUCCGGGAGGAGCCUCGGGGAGCGAGGCGGGCUCGCCCAGCGCCGGCCUGGACAUGGAAACCUUCGACAGCGGCUUCGCGGACUCCGACUGCGGCAGCCCCGUCGAGUGCGACUUCGCCAGCCCGGGCGACGAGGGGCCCCCCAGGAGCUACCUCCGGCAGUGGGUGGUCCUGUCCCCACCACCCGGGCCCCAGGCCAGCUAGCCAGGCUGCCCGGCCGUGGGCGCUGGCCACGUCACUGAGCCAACAGCAGAGACACGGUCACCUGGGCACUGGCAGGAAGAGGCCUCAGCCCUUGGUUCACAGCGUGUGUGCGUGUGCGUGUCCACGGGUGUGAGCGCCGCCCUGGCUGCCACAUGCCUGCUGCCCUCGCGGGAGCCGCCGGGCCCCACCGCACUAGAAGGGCCAGCUCCCCGGGCGCAUGGGUGUCCCUGGGCCCACAGGGCCUCCGGGCUCAGGCAUGGCCUGUGACAGGUGCCGAGUCCAGACUCCCGGGUCCCGCUUCCAGGCUGUGCCUGCGGCUUCCCGGGAAGGGCUUGGGGGUGUAGCGAGCCCGAGGUGACCCUGCGGGUAGGAAACUGUGGGGCUCAGGUGCCCCCUGCUGUGCUUCCCAGUAGAGUGACUCCCCUUCUCUGGGCUCGGAGACCAGGCUGGCCACAGCCUGAGCCGCCCCUCCGCGGGCACCAGCUUCCUGCCCCUGCAGAGCUGGGUGGGGUGAGAAACCCAGGCGACAGGGACAGCCAGGGCCCAGCCCCCUGAAGAGGGCACUGGGGUUUCCGGGCCGCGAACCACUCAGCCUUGUCUCUUAGAAACGGCCCCGCCACCAAGAUUUCUUUUUCUGACUUCUGCCGCCCAUUUAAAAAAAUUCCCCUUUUGCACCCCUCCCCCCAAAGAAGUAUUUAUCAAGCACCGAGGAGGAGCCGGGCACCGUGCCAAGUGCUGGGGUCCAGGGUGCAGAGGAUACCCACGUGACCUUCCUGUGGCAUUCACGGGCAUGGGGGACACAGAGGAACCCGCGUCCUGCCCCAGCCCCGCUUCCAUCUGAGGUCUUAUUUAUUCAUCCCGGGGACUUAGGGGCCGCUGGUUUUCUUGCCGCUGAUUUCUCAGAAAGCCUGUUGAAAUGUGAAUGAAGAAACUCGGAGAACGCUUCUCGGCCGUGCGGAAGCCGUGGCUGGACGUGGGUUUGGAGUACGAGCUAGCUCUCCGUGCCAGGCAAUGCUUAAAACUCUCUUUAUUAUUAUUAUUUUUAAGCAAAUCGAUUGCUUUCCCUCCCAGGGUGCCCACUGUAGAAGUGGCUUGGCUUUUCAAGGUGGCUGAGCAGAGUUAAGGUGGCAGAGUCUGAGUCUGAGUCAGCUCGGGAGCCCCAGGGGAAUCCCCCACCCACCCCCGGAGCCCCCCGGGCCCUACCAUCCCCCCAAAGGCCGGUCUCUGCCUUGGGAACAGGGCCAGGAGUCAGCAGCAGGUAGUUCUGCUGGAAGUCUCCCCAGGACUCUCCAUAAAGCAGGGUAGUUAGGAGAAGUUGCUGAGAGAACCUUGGAGAGUCCUCGGUUGGAGACUGGAAAGUUCUAGAAUGCUGGGGACUACGGACCUGGGAUCGGGGUGUGUGCAGCUCUGACCAUAGCUCGUGCUCAUGUGAGCACCCCAGGCCCCCGCCGGCACCGGGACACUCAACCUGGGCGGCUGUGGUUUUCACACCUCGACAGAGUAGCCGUUUGCAGGUGCCACCUGCAGGCACCACCUGAGCCGCAGGCUCCCUGGGAACCUGGCUCAGCUCUCCACACGGAGCUCAUGUCAGGCUGUGGAGACAGAGGCCAGGACUGGGGCAGAUGGGCCCCUCGCUGCCUCCAUCUGUGAGGGAGAUGCAGCUCAUGAACAGGGUGCCAGAGGUCGGGUGAGAGCAGCCCACCCGGAGGCUGGCCUAGUAAGUGGGUGGCUGGACAGACCAGUGGGGGGGACGGCGAAAGGCUGGAAGAAAGAACAGAUGGAUGGAGAGACAGAGCUGGGUGCAGGGGACGGGUCACGAGCAAGCUCCUGAGGUCUGUCUCCUUCACUGCUUUAUCCCCAGCCUGACGCAUAGUAGACACUCAAUAAAGCCUGAUUU